AUGUUAUGCCUACUUGAUAGGAAUGAUUUAAUCAUUCCUAGCAAUCAGAAUUCUAUGCUUAAAGAGAUCGUCAAAACUUUGCAACCAUUUGAAGCAGCAACUCGUGAAAUGUCUGGUGAGAAGUAUACGUCUGCUUCAAAGAUAAUUCCUGUGUCAAAGGCAUUGCAAAGACUGACAUCAUCGCAAAUGGAUCAAAAUGGUUAUUUGUUGGCACAAAAUCUAAUCUCAGAUAUGAGAAUAUGGUUUCUGAAUAUCGAGGAACAUGAACUAUUAGCCCUAGCAACUUUACUCGAUCCUAGAUUUAAGAAGCUAGCGUUUGCUAAUAAAGAAGCAGCAGAUAAGGCAGCUAGGUACAUAAUGGGGGAAAUAUCAAGUCUAGAACCUAGUUCACUCUCUACAGAUACAGAUGUCUCACUUACUUCUGGCCCAUCCUCUGAAAGCCCUUUAUGGCAGUUCUUCGAUCAACAAGUUUUAGAAGUGUCUUCACAAAGAACUCCCAGCAAUACCAUCUAUACAGAAAUGCAGCAAUAUUUAAGAUCACCUGUACAGCUGAGAGAUAUUGAUCCUUUGCAGUGGUGGAAAAACAACUCACUUGCUUAUCUCACACUUGCUUUGGCUGCUUGCAAAUAUCUUGGAAUCAUUGCUACCUCUGUACCUUCCGAAAGGUUGUUCAGCAAAGCUGGAGAGCUUUUGUCUGUCAAAAGAAGCAGGAUAAAAGCAAAACACGUUGAUAUGCUCCUAUUUUUGAAUAAGAACUCAGACUAG